GCAGAGGCCAAAAAACAGAAAUUAGAAAGGUGUAAUAUAGAAUGAUAUUAUUUGAGGCAUGCUGUUGCACCAUGGAGAUUCAAAAAGUGAAAGAGCAAAAUUGAGGAGAGACAAAUACUCUUCACAGAAGUACUUAGGCAUGCCUAGUCUUUGAAUUGAUGCCAAAGGCACAUUCCACCUACCUAUACCUUGCCUAGACAAAAAGCUUCAACUUCAGAACUCUCUCUUUUUGUCAUGUCUGAACCUGCAGCAUCCACUUUCAAACCUCUGCAAGUUGGAGUUGGAGUGAGAGUAACUUGAAUCAACAUUUGCAACAACAUUCCACCCUGCUGAAUUAUUUUUCCAACUCAUUCAUGGCCACAGCUGAACCACUUCCUUAUAGUUCAAGAAGAAGAGACGAGUCAGAGUUCAAUUUGAGAGAAUGGAACGUGAAAGCUCGAAUCAGCCGUGAGAACACCAACUCCAGAAGGUACUCAGGAUCUUACAUGAGAAGCUUUAGAGAAGACACAAGGUCAUUUAGAUCAAACAUAGCCGUUUCCAGCACUGCUUCUUCACCCGGAUACCCCUUAAAAGAUGAAAUAGACCCUUCAACAUAUUCUUUCACUACUGCUCUUAAAGCAUUGCAAGCAAGGGCAGCCUAUAACAGUUGGGAAUGCUCAUCCCCAGAUGGGUUUGCUUUGAAUUCCAAGUGGAAUGAAGCAGAAAGGUAUAUAUGCAACCCUCUCUCAGGGGAGGUACCAUUGGAGUGUUUGUCUGCAAAAACUCUUAGCGGAAGAUCUUUCAGAAACUCAGUAAACAGAAUUGCCAUGUCUGCUCCUUUGGUUUAUUCCUCCAAACACAUUCCAACAAAGCCAUCAGCUUACACUCAAGAAGAAGAGGCUCUUCAAUUUCCCAAUUCAGAAAAGAAGAAAGAGGGUAUGACAAGAGAUGUGGGUACUCAAAGCACACCUCCUUAUCUCAGUUCAAGCAGUCCCAGCCCUGCUUCAACUCCAUCCAUCAUGGAGAGAUCAAAACCUCAACCUGAAGACUCACCUAAUUCAAAUGCAAAAACAAAAUCUGAGGAAGAGGUGGAAGUGAAAGAUGAAGAAAUAUGGGAGACAAAAGAAACAGAAAGAGAAAAGAAGGAAUGGAGGAAGAGAGAGGAACAACUUUGCAAACAACAAAGUGGUUGCUUUUGGUGGAUGAGAAAGAAAGAAAAGGCAGAGAGAGAAAGAGAAAGAGAAAGACAGAGAAGGAAUAACAUGUUUCUCACUCACUUCAAAGGUAGCAAAAGAUAAAGAGCUUCAAAAUCUGAUAAAGGGUGUAAGUGCAGUGCAGUGCAACAAUGCAUGAUGGUUAAGAUUCUCUCUCACUCACUCAUUUCACCAAUUUUUGCAGUGCUUUGCUGAAAAUAGAAAAGUUAAGAGCAUUAAUGCAAAUUGCAAUUGUGAAAAGCUUGUGGACUCUGCUCUCUGUGUGUGUGGCUCUCUUUCUUUCUCUAUCUGGUGGUCCUUUCUUUUUUUUGUGUUUCUGCUAAAUAUUAAGUAAUAUCAUAUGAUAUGUUGUGUUUUUGUGGUGAAA